GGAAGUGACGUAUUUACAGCACAGUGUCCACGUAGCGCCUUCAACUUCUGACGAGCGCAGUUUUUCGUACGUCAAACAACACUUUGUAAAACGUUCUCCGAUCGUAAGCAACUUUCACGGGCACAAUGGACCAAGUGAAAAAGCUAACAGAACCCGGACGUCAGUUCGCAAAAGACAGUAUUCGUCUUAUCAAAAGAUGUACAAAACCUGACAGGAAAGAAUUUCAGAAAAUUGCCAUUGCCACAGCUAUCGGUUUCUGUAUAAUGGGUUUCAUAGGAUUCUUUGUUAAAUUAAUUCAUAUUCCAAUUAAUAACAUCAUUGUGGGUUCAUAAGAUCAUGUUAUAUAGGUACAAUUGAAAUUUAAUAAGGUUAUUCAUCUUGUUCUUUAUCAAUGCAUCUUUAUUUAUAAGAUAAAAUUAUGUAUUUUAUUUUGAAUUGAUUGUGAUUGAGGUAUGUGAAUGUGUGUGCAUAAUAUAAAUAAUGAAUUUUAUAAUAAAA